GGCUUCGUCCUCCUCGCCUUACACAUCGCACCACUCUCUCUUACUCGUCCAUACGCCGAGUCCACGAGAUCUCGCCGUAGUCCAUACACCGGUUGAUCGGAGGUCGUGUUGCCGCCGGCGGUGGCCAUGAUGAUGAUGGGGGAAGGAGUCAGCAGCGUCCCGCCGUGGUCUCACCUCCCCGUGAGCGGAGUCGAUGUACUCGGCGGCGGUGGUGGCGGUGGGGAUGAGAUGACGCCGUACGUGAUCGCCGCGCUGCGGGAUUACCUGCCGGCGAAUGAUGUCGGGGUGGGGGCUGACGAGGAGGAGGAGGCCGCGGCGAUGGCCGCGGCGGUGGACGCGUACGCGUGCGACGAGUUCCGGAUGUACGAGUUCAAGGUGCGGCGGUGCGCGCGCGGGCGGAGCCAUGACUGGACCGAGUGCCCCUUCGCGCACCCGGGGGAGAAGGCGCGCCGCCGCGAUCCGCGCAAGUACCACUACUCCGGCACCGCGUGCCCGGACUUCCGCAAGGGCGGGUGCAAGCGCGGCGACGCCUGCGAGUACGCCCACGGCGUGUUUGAGUGUUGGCUCCACCCGGCGCGCUACCGCACCCAGCCGUGCAAGGACGGCACCGCCUGCCGCCGCCGCGUCUGCUUCUUCGCCCACACCCCGGACCAGCUCCGCGUCCUCCCGGCGCAGCAGUCCAGCCCCAGGAGCGUGGCGUCCUCGCCGCUGGCCGAGUCCUACGACGGCUCGCCGCUGCGCCGCCAGGCGUUCGAGAGCUACCUCACCAAGACCAUCAUGUCCUCGUCCCCGACCAGCACCCUCAUGUCUCCGCCCAAGUCGCCCCCGUCGGAGUCCCCGCCAUUGUCGCCCGACGGUGCCGCGGCCAUCCGUCGCGGAUCUUGGCCCGGCGUCGGCUCGCCGGUGAACGACGUCCUGGCCUCGUUCCGCCAGCUCCGCCUCAACAAGGUGAAGUCGUCGCCGUCCGGCGGGUGGAGCUACCCUUCGUCGUCCGCCGUCUACGGGUCUCCCAAGGCCGCCACCGGCCUCUACAGCCUCCCCACCACUCCACUGGCUUCCACGGCAACGGUGACCACCGCCUCCAGCUUCAUGCCCAACCUGGAGCCACUGGACCUCGGGCUCAUCGGCGACGAGGAGCCGGUCCAGAGGGUGGAGUCCGGAAGAGCCCUCCGGGAGAAGGUGUUCGAGCGACUGAGCCGGGAUGGUGCCAUCUCCGGCGACGCCACAGCCUUCGCCACCGCCGGUGUUGGCCUCGACGUUGAUUGGGUGUCCGACCUCAUCAACUGAGGCUUCCAAGUCGCUAUUGGAAGCCCCUUUUGUGAGCAUCAAGGAUGAUGGCAUGGAGGAGGAGAAGGUGGCGGUAAGAAGAAAAUGAUGGCACGACAAAAAAAUCCUUCAUUUUCUUUUGUGAUUUCAAGUCAAGUUUCUACUAAUUCCUGUACAUAUCUAUCUCCCAUGUGAAUAUUCAUGGUUGGUGGAGAGGAGGCAAGUAUGGAAAGAUGGGUGGAUUUGUUUUGGGGUUUUGAGGGUGUGUGGAGGUGAAGGAAGCACGGAAGGAAGAAGAUCAUGGCGGAAGAAGAUGGCCGGAUUUCGGCCGCCGUCGCGGCGGCGGCCCUGCCUAUUUCAGUGAUUUCUGGGGGUUUAUCCUCUGUUCAUCGUUUGUUGCAUCAUCGACUAGCUGAUGAAGAUCGUCGAUCGAUUUCAAUCAAGCCCCCCCUCUUGUUGAUUUCCUAUUUUGUUGAUGUAAUCUUUGUUUUGUUAAGAACCCCCAACAGCAUAUUUUGUACCUUAGCUUUAAAUCUGAAAAUCUUUUGCUGACUCAUCUACCUAUAUGUGGUGAUGAAGCCCCCCUCAAUGUAUUGUAAUCACCUGCUUCAAGUAAAUGAUCCAAUAAUAUUAUGUUGCUAUAUGUUUCAUUA